GCCUCGUCUUCUGAAAUCUGUGCUUCCAAUGCCUGUAAGUGUGUGUCAUCUCGACACGGAGCUGAUGAAAGAUAGUCAUCCGCCGAUCUCGUGCUUUCCUGAUAGUAGAUACUACACAAUGCGAUGGCACCGACGACCAGCCAUUCGUCUCGGACCGCGAGAAGAUGUCCGGAUACGAAACCAACCUCUACCUCUACUCCGAGGAGAUGGAGGACCGGCCGCGGGUGUCGACGCUCAUCUCCUCGCUCGCCAACUACAGCAACACCAUCCCCGCCGCCACCGACCCCGACGCCAAGCCUGCGCCGUCCGCGCGCAUGGGCACCCUCAUCGGCGUCUACCUGCCCUGCAUACAGAACAUAUUUGGCGUCAUCCUCUUCAUCCGUCUCACCUGGGUCGUCGGCACCGCCGGCGCCUUUAUGGGGUUCCUCAUCGUGCUCACCUGCUGCUGCGUCACAAUGCUGACAGCCAUCUCGAUGAGCGCCAUAGCGACCAAUGGUGUGGUGCCAGCGGGAGGCAGCUACUUCAUGAUCUCACGCUCACUCGGUCCAGAGUUCGGCGGUGCGGUUGGCAUGCUCUUCUACACGGGCACCACACUUGCCGCAGCCAUGUACAUCGUCGGUGCAGUCGAGAUUGUCCUAACAUACAUGGCUCCAAGUGCAUCCAUAUUUGGCGACUUCACCAAAGAUGCGAGCAUCAUGUACAACAACUUCAGGGUGUAUGGCACUGGUCUGCUGAUCAUAAUGGGCACCAUCGUUUUCAUCGGUGUAAAGUUUGUCAAUAAGUUUGCCACUGUGGCACUUGCCUGUGUGCUACUCUCCAUCCUCGCCGUAUAUGUAGGCAUCUUUGUCAACUUUAAUGGGAAUGAACUGUUGCCCAUGUGUGUACUUGGAAAACGGUUACUAAAGGAUAUUGAUAUACAGGAUUGUAACAAGACUGUAAAUGGUCCCCUGUACAAUAUUUUCUGUACAAAUUCAUCAACUGGUGAAGUUACUUGUGAUCCUUACUUUGAAGAGAACAACGUAAGCAAAGUUCAGGGCAUCAAGGGGCUAGCCAGUGGAGUCUUCCUCGACAACAUUCACAACAGUUUCUUAGAGGAAGGGCAGUUCAUUGCAAAAUCUAAAGAUCCUGAUGAGAUUGAGAGACUCGACAGACCGUCAUACAAUCAGGUUUAUGCUGAUUUAACAACUUCAUUUACUAUUUUAAUUGGUAUCUUCUUCCCAUCAGUGACAGGCAUAAUGGCUGGAUCAAACCGUUCUGGUGAUCUAGCAGAUGCACAGAAAUCAAUUCCAGUGGGCACCAUAUGCGCCAUACUCACCACGUCUACAGUGUACCUCUCAGCAGUACUGCUGUUUGCUGGAACUGUUGACAACCUGCUCCUUAGAGACAAGUUUGGGCAAAGUAUUGGAGGAAAACUUGUAGUGGCAAAUAUUGCCUGGCCUAAUCAGUGGGUCAUCUUAAUUGGAUCAUUUCUGUCAACUCUGGGAGCUGGUUUGCAGAGCCUUACAGGUGCACCCAGAUUGCUUCAGGCAAUCGCGAAAGAUGGAAUCAUCCCUUUCCUAGCACCUUUUGCUGUGUCAUCUAGUCGUGGUGAACCUACACGAGCACUAGUUCUGACGGUGCUCAUCUGCCAGUGUGGUAUUUUAUUGGGAAAUGUUGAUUAUCUUGCACCUCUGCUCUCUAUGUUUUUCCUAAUGUGCUAUGGAUUUGUCAACCUUGCUUGUGCGCUACAAACACUUCUUCGCACACCUAACUGGAGACCGAGAUUUAAGUACUAUCACUGGUCACUGUCAUUUCUUGGACUGUCACUCUGCAUAGCAGUCAUGUUUAUGACAAGCUGGUAUUAUGCACUAGUGGCAAUGGGAAUGGCUGGAUGCAUAUACAAGUACAUUGAAUACAGAGGAGCGGAGAAAGAGUGGGGUGAUGGAAUUCGUGGUCUAGCACUGUCAGCAGCACGUUACAGUCUCCUACGGCUUGAAGAAGGGCCACCUCAUACUAAGAACUGGCGACCACAAAUUCUUAUUCUGUCUAAGCUCACUGAAGACCUUGUUCCAAAAUAUCGAAAAUUAUUUGCAUUUGCAGCACAGCUCAAAGCAGGAAAAGGGUUAACAAUAUGUGUAUCUGUAUUUGGAGGAGAUUUCACAAGAAACAGUGGGGAGGCAAUGGCAGCAAAGCAGAGCUUACGUCGCACAAUGGAUGAAGAGAAGGUGAAAGGAUUUGUUGAUGUUCUUGUGUCUCGCAAUAUCACCGAUGGUCUGAGCCAUUUAAUUCAAACUACAGGUCUUGGUGGUAUGAAGCCAAACACAGUCAUCCUUGGUUGGCCAUAUGGAUGGCGACAGUCAGAAGAUGACAAAACGUGGCAUGUAUUCUUGCAGACAGUCCGUAAUGUGGCUGCUGCUCGCAUGGCAUUACUGGUACCAAAGGGAAUCAAUUUCUUUCCAGAUUCAAGUGAGAAGGUUGUUGGAAACAUUGAUAUAUGGUGGAUUGUGCAUGAUGGUGGCCUUCUGAUGCUACUACCAUUCCUUCUUAAACAACACCGCACAUGGAAAAACUGCAAAAUGCGCAUCUUCACAGUGGCACAAAUGGAAGACAAUUCAAUUCAAAUGAAGAAAGAUCUUAAGAUGUUUUUAUAUCAUCUUAGGAUAGAAGCUGAGGUGGAAGUUGUCGAAAUGGUGGACAGUGAUAUAUCGGCCUACACUUAUGAACGAACAUUAAUGAUGGAGCAACGUAACCAGAUGUUGAGGGAAUUGCGGCUCAACAAAAAGGAAAGCCUAGGCGUUGUGCAAACACUUGUAGAUUUCAACGAGGUACCAUCGGAGGAGAAACUGCCUCUGGUUCAGGCCAUUGUCGAUCAUCACCACAAUGUUGAUGUGAAGACUGCUACAAAAGUUCGAUUCCAAGAGCCUGGGAAGGAGGGAGCUGAAAAGAAAGCUGAAGAGACAACUGAGGAAGAGUCAUCUAAAAAGCAAAAUGAAGAUUGCUCUAAUACGAAAGAAAAUGAUGGUGACAAUAAUUCUACACACUCAGAAUCCCAAAAGCCUCAACAGCAGGAAAAGCCACAAGAAAAUAAGUCCCCAGAAAAUUCAACAGAUGUCAGCAAUAAGCAGGAAUCAGAAAAGGGCAAGAAAGUCCAAAACAUAACACCUGAUGAAGGCAAUGUACGGAGGAUGCAUACAGCAGUUAAAUUGAACGAAGUAAUCGUCAACAGGUCUCAUGAUGCACAGCUCGUCAUCCUUAAUCUUCCAGGUCCACCAAGGGACACAAAAAUAGAAAAAGAAUCAAACUAUAUGGAAUUCUUAGAAGUCCUAACAGAAGGUCUUGAAAGAGUUCUGAUGGUGCGUGGUGGUGGAAGAGAGGUCAUAACAAUCUACUCGUGAAGGGCACAUGGCAGCAGUAGCAACACCUGUCAGACUUUAACACCAACAUAUUUACUUGAACACAAUCACAGGUACAACAAGUGUAAGCUGAUAUUUCUGAAACCAUUCAGAUCAAGAAGGAAAGAAGAUAGAAGAAAAAAAUGUUUUGCAUAUCAUUUAAUGCUGGUUAUACCCCAGAGUGAUUUAAAAAUGUAUUCCACUCCAUUAAUUCUCUUAGUUCUUAAGUUUACAUCUACCAAAGAAGUUUUGUCUUUUGCUAGAGUUUAAAUACGAAGUUGUUCAACACUGUUUCAUGUAAACCUUAACUGUACUGGGUUCCUUUAGGUCUGUGUUGCAAUGGCAUUGAAUCAGUACCAUUAGAGUUAGAAGAUCUCUUGUAACCUGAUAAGUAUUCACACUGUUAUCAAAAUCCCAGAUAAUUACUGUUGGAGAAGGGGAGCACAAUUAAAUAUGAGCUGCACUGCUGCUCCAAGUUUAAACAUUAGGUACCUGAAAGAUAAGGAUCAAUGACCAGCGAACAGAUCACAUAGUUUUUGCUAUCAUUUUAUUAUAUCACAGAUCCCUUCAUCUUCACGAUUAAUUGAUAUUACUGAGAGACAUAGAUGAGACUCCCCUUAUCCAGUCACUAUCAGUAAGGGCAGUUGUGUAAACACAAUUUUUAAGCAUUAUGUUAAUUAUGCCUUACGUUAAUUACUCUUGUUAAAGUUUCUCUUUUACACAUCAGAGUGGGACUGACAUAAAGCAAGAAAAAUAACUGAAAUUGAAGAGGCAUUACCAGCCAAAGGAAGUUAUCUAUUUGCUUGUGUUGUAGCAUUUCUACAUACCAGUAACAAUAUCAGGAAAAACAUAUUUUUACCUGUACAUUUUCCAGGGAAAAAAAAUUCACAUUUAUUGUAGUACCUGUAAAUUGUCAAAUUAUGUCAUAGUCUCACCUUCCCAACAAUUUUAUGUCUUGUGCUCAAGAAAAAAAGAAAAUACGUCACAGGCCUGUUCUUCACAUAGCUCUUUCAUAAUCAGAAUGCUUAUGCCAUAUGUCAGUCAAGAGAAACUUAAUUCUGUUACGUUCCUUAGAAAAUCAGCUAACAUGUAAUAUGUUGUCCUGCCAAGUGCUGUUUCAGGUAAAUAUGUGUAUACUAUGAUCUCCUUUAAUAUUAGCUCAUCGUCUGAAUAACUUCCAUCUCUUCAUCACAUACAACAAAGCAACUCGCUGUUUUCUACAUCAUGUAAAUUUCUCAUAUAAUCAUCUUUAUAUACUUAUAUAACAUUUUCAUUCAUUAAGGGAUUAGAGGUAUGCUGUCAUCUGACAUCACAAAAUUAGAUUCCAACAUUUUGCAGCAGCAUCGUUAAAGGUGAAUUGCUGAAACAUAUAAUUCUUGUUAUGACAAGGAGUUAUAUUUGCAGUAAACACAUAUUUUUGCAUAACUAUACACUAUUAGUACUUACAUAAAAGGUACUCUUAUGACAACAACAUGUUUCACAUUUGUUUUCAAAAUGUGAACAUCUAAUGACCCUUAAAAGUGUUUUACUGGCAGUUGCAUCUGUGUGGUGUAAGUGAUUGUGGUGUAAGACGUUGAACCAUUACCACAACUAUCAAAAAUUUUUUGCUGUUCCGUGCUCAACAAUUGUGAAAAUGUCAGGUACUGUGUUAAAAAGGCGGAAAUGUUUGCUCACAAUUUCAGAGGAAGAUUCUGUCUUUGUGGAUUGUUUAAUAAUAAAGUAGGUGAAGGAUAAUACUAUGUAAAGUAGAAUCUGUGGCCAGUGGUAAAAGAUUCAGAUAAUUGUUUAGUCCAUAUUCAUGUAAUUACUUAUUGCGAAUUCGGCUGGUUCAUCACUUAGGAAAACCUUACUAGAUUUUUUUUCCAUUUGUUACCAAAGAUGUUUUAAAUAUUUGCAGCAUUACAAAGUAUCAGGCAUAAUUUAAAGUUGUGACUCAUGUAUCAACAUGUUUAUAUAAUUUUUUUAAUUGAGUAAUUUUAUGUUCUAAUAUGUUUAAGGAGUUUGUCAGUUGAAGUUGGUAGUUCCUACAUAACAUGACACACUCAUUCCAGCAAUAGUGAUUAUUAAUCAGCAAUGAAAAAGCUAAGUCCUGUUGAAUUUCUCAACAGACAUGUUUCCCAGUUUAAGAUUCAAUGAAAUACUUUCAUUAAAAUCUUUAAAAUAUCAUGCUAGUGGAGUAUUGUAAUUAUUUUCCUUGUGUGAACUUUGAAAAAUGCUGGGAGUUUGUUAAAAAUCUUGCUGCCAAAUCUGAAAUGGAGUUUAUAAAGACAGUAGUAAGACUACAAAAUUCAGUAUCCUGAUUUUCAAGGAUUUGUGAUUUCAUGUCAAAAGGAAGGCAUAUACAGAAUGGGCAAACUAAAUGUAGAAAGUAGUAGUUUUGAGUAUAGCAAGACUGUUAGACUUUUAAGGUACUACUGAUUUGGAAUUAUACCUGUUAUAUAAGAAAUAGCUUGAAAUACUGAGAGAGCCCAGAAGAAAAAAAAUUAGGUAAAAUUAUUACACUGCACCUUAUUCAGAAUAUACCAAGAUCAGUUGUAACGAUUUUUUAUUAGAGGGAUUUUUUUUUGGCAAGAUGUUUUCUUGAUGAAUAGCUGUACAGAAUUUUCUUAAAUUCACAUGAUCUUUCUAUUACAGAUUUUCUUAAAAUUUCAAUAUGCCCUAUCAAUUCAUUUUUGAAAUAAGAUUAUAGGAGAAAAAUUUGUGUUUGGUAUUACUGAACUACUAUGCAAUAUCUAUGUGCUUUGUCAGCUACGUAGGCUUUUUUUUCCAAUCUCACUUCCUCCCAUCUUCAUCCACAAAUAGUGUUCAAAUUGGAAUCAAAACCCAUACACGAAACACUAGUGUUUUCAUACUACAAGGACAAGAUAUGUGAAUAAAAUUUGUAUUGAUUUAUGAAACUCUCUCAUGAAAUGCUGAUGAAUUUUUUUGUUUUAACAGUCAGCAUUCUAAUUCUGAAUUCACAGCAAGCUCAAGACACAUCUGACUCAUUCUCCCAUUUUGGUAAUAAGUAGUUUGCUUGUUUUAUUGAUAUGUUAUAAUUUAAAUAGCUUUUUGAUUUUUUUUAUGUAAAUUUUUAUUAUGUUUUCCUUAACUGCCACAAAAAUGUGUUUGCACCAGCAUUAAUAGAGCAUUUCAUUAGAGCAGUGAUAGAUGUAAUGUUAAUUUGGAUUAAAAUUAGACUUCCAUGAAGAUUACACUUCUACUGUCAGUGUAGAAUAGUAACUACCAGCAGAAAUAAUUACCUUUCUUCUCCCUCUUUCUCUCAGAAGCACAAUUAUGAUUUCACUUGUCCCAUAGUGGUUUGUCCUUAAGCACUCAAGAAAAUAAUCUAUUAAAACUAGUGCCCAUGUCUUGUAUCCAUUUAAUCUUAUUUAAAAAGCCUCGGGGCCUUCCUAUUGCUGUCAUAUUUCUGUACCACAGUACCAACCAUGAAACUUCUUAACAAAGAUAUUUCUGUAAAGUUCUUUACAAAGAUGGAGAAAAGUGUAAACAAUUUACAGCAGUUACAAGAAACAGAAAUAAAUCACUUUUUGACCAAAAUUUAAACAAUUUACAGCAUUUGCAAGAAACAGAAAUAAAUCACUUUGUGGCCAAAAGUUAUUUUAAACGGGGCUAAAUACAAAGAAGUGGGUAUAAUUCCUGGAAUUCUUGUUCUCUUACAACUCUAACAUUGUCACUAUUUACAUUUCAGUUUUUAAGUCAGGUGGAUUUGAAAUGUUUUUUUUCCCCCUUCUCAUCAUCAGCUCACUCCAUCUCUGAUACUGGCACAAGAUUGUUAGUGAUUAAAUUGCGGUGAUACCAAGAAUUUUCUGCCUUAACUUGCCUUACACUAUUUUAAAAAAAAUUCUGCAUUAUAAGCAGCACAUAUGUAGGCUAUAGACAGAUUGUUGACUUCUAAAUGCAGCAGCUCUUCACAGUUGGCCUCAUACUAUGUAUGUAUUUGUUUUUGGAGACUGUUGAUAUUAGGUACUAAAAGUUACUCAUUAUGAAUUGUAGUGGCAUGUUUUCCUAGUAAACAGUGUGCCUUUGUAUAAGAGAAAUCAGUAAAGAUUUUUUUUUAAAGCUUAACCUGAAUUCUCAAAGUAUCAGUGUGCGCCUCCAAUAAAAGUUACAAAAAUAACAGUUAUGAUAAAUGGUGUAUGCAUGACGAAACUGAACAGUUUAAAUUUUAUGAAUGACUAUGUUCACAUUUAACUUUUGAGUCAGAAGAUCACACUUGAUUUUAAACAUAUGUAUUUCAAGCACACCCAUUUAUUAAUUUGUAUUGCAUUAUUUCCAAUAUUUCACCACAUCCACUUAAAUGUGUAUAAUGAAAUGCUUUCUUAAAAAGGGUCACCUUUAUAGUGUUCUAUUUUAUUUUGUAUUUUUGCGUUUUGUAUAUUCAAAUGGAUUAGACUGGACUGCGUCCAACUUUCAAUGCUCCAUGAUUCUGAUAUUUAAUUUAUAGAGCACACUGUGUAACAAUUUGUGAACUGUAAGAAUAAACAAUAUUAUUUUUGUAGCAGAUUGUAAUAUAAUUUUCUAACAGUUCAAAUGUUGUUUAGAAUUUCAUUGAAUAUUAAUGGGUGACAGAUUGCUGAACAUCACAUCCAUUAGUUUAAAGAAUGAGUGUGAGUGUGGUACAAGAAUUUAAAUAUUUAAGUAAGAUUCUUGUCUAUUUUUGUAAUAACUUCAUGUUUAUACUUUUCUAGUGCAGCACUACUGCAAAGAUAUAACAAUUAUAGUAUUACUGUAGCCAGUAUCUGACUAUGAGGGAUAGAUAAGUGUAUCCUUUUCAUAAAAUUGCUGAAACCAGGGCAAAUAUGAGUGUCUAUUAACAAUUUAAUUAAGAAAUAGCUUACCAACAAAAUAAGAAACAAUAACAAAUAUCAGUUAAGACAGCUGACACACUGAUAUAUUUCAUUUGGUAGUUUCAAAAAAAAAUCUUAACACAGGGAUUGUUUGACCAUGUUUCUGAAUGUCACUUACUUAAACAGCCUAAAUCAGAAUUGCUCUUAAAAAACAUUAACUCAUAGAGUUUUUUUCCCCAUUAUGCAGUCAAAUUUAUUUCUCUGAAAUAGGACUGUUCAUGUUCAUAAGCCCAAUUGGUUAUUUGAAAUCAUCUUGUAUCGAUUUGUGUGAUAUUGGUUCAUGGCUUCAGCUGUUUUAUGAAAAGUGUUGAUUUCUGUUACCUUCAUAUUAUCAGUUCUUGUUUUUCUGUACCUCAGCUUUUAGUGGCCAUCUAUUAUUGAAAUAGACACAUUGUAAAAUAUUUCAAUUUUUUUAUGAAAUUUCUUAUCUAUGAAACAGAGUUUUUAUCAUUUGUGUAAAAAUACAUUAUGAGAACUGUUUCUAUAAGUGUUGAUGAUAUAAAUAAAUUGUUAGCUGUUUCCUAUAUUUGCCUGUUACAUUUGUGAUAAAUUUUUUGAUUGUGAAGUAUUUUUGAGGAUACUUUUAAACAGUAUGUGUAUAUUUGGAACAGUGAUUUUCUGAUGACACUCACUGUCUGUACAAUUGUAUUAUGUAACAGCACACCUCAUAUAUUGAUUUGUCCAUAAUAUUUUAGAGGUUACUGUUGCACAAAAUAUUUUGAGAGCCAGCUCUAUUGUGAUAAAACUGUCUGAUAUAUUUACUAUAUAGUUCAUUAUUUGUUUUCUUCCUCAUGUGUGAUUGCCCUUUCAGUUUCAUCUUACAGUUAUUCCUGUUUAUUUAAAUAUAAGCAGUGAUAUGAUUAUAGUACUUAGAAAUCAUGAGCUUCUCUUACAAAGUUUUCCUCCAGGUAUUAUAUCAGGCACAUAACACAAAAUCCAUACUGAUGUGUGAAGGAAUUAUAGGACUCACUGCCAUUACUGUAUUUAGGUUCUAUGAUGUUCAGAUAUUUAAAGCAGUUUAGUUGGAGACCCUGUAAAAAUAAUCAUGUCACUGUUCCAUCUCAAUACAAAAAUUUUAUACAACUGUUGGAAAAGUUUUGGAGAGGCACAUUAUAUGUAAAUGCUAAUGUGUGUGCGGAGUGAUUUAAAGAUGGAAAAUAUUUAUAGUUGUUGUACGACUACUUGUGAUGUGUGCUCAUAUAACAGUGCCAACCCGUAUCUCUUUUUCCUGGUUUUGUGUAUAUUUCUGUUGGCCUUAAUUACUUUUAAUACUACAUACAGCAUUUUUCAUCUUUUUUUUGUUCAAUGAGUUUUAUUAAAUGCAGCCUUUUUUAUUUCAAUGCAGUGACAUAUAUUACAGAACAAUAAUUAUUUUUAUGUUAUCUCGGCAUUUGAAAAUGAAGUGCAUGUUACACAGUACAGAAUGAAUAUGUAUUAAAUAUGGAGGCUGGAUCCUUCAUUGGCAUAUUAAACUUGGGAUGCUGUAGAAAUGUAGAGUAAUGUUUUAAUCUACAUUAAGAAAGAAGUAAAAUCAAGUCUCUUCAAGUAAAAUGCUCAUUCCGUAUUUCAAUUACAUUCUCGGUGUUAUAGAAAUACAUCUUUUAGAGAUACUCCUAUGUAUAUAAAACAAUAGUUAACUGCAUCCUUUACAAAUAUUAGGCUGUGACAUGAUUGAAAGAAAAACUAAAACAGCAAUUAGUUUUUAAAUGUAGUUGAAAUGCUAUCCUGUUAUAAAUAUAAGUGUAAAAUGCGUGUGUGACUGUGUGUGUGUGUAUGUUGGAAAGAAAGGGAGAGUUAAUCAGUAAAAAUAUAAAUUAAUUAAGAGAUUAAAAAUAUGUAGUUCUUAAGUUUUGAGAAAUAAAAGAUGGUGAACUUAAGUCAUUGUUUAAAACAGAAUAAAAUAAAUCAAUAAAAUAUA